AUGACCAGUGAAUAUGCACAGUCCUGCUGGUUUCCAUCUUCCUUGCUAGAUCGAGAAAGGCCAUUGCAACUUGCAAGAGCUUUAAGAAAAAAGAUCUCAGUUGAAUUAAUUAACUCAAUUGUGGAGGAUCUCUUACAUAUUAGGAUGCAACUAAAGGCAAGGUUGGUGCACCCAGAUAAAAAUCCUGGAGAUCCAAAGGCAGCUCACAAUUUUCAGCUUCUCAUUGAAAAACUGUGCCUACAUGCCUAUUACUUGGUAGAUUUUGAUAAAUUGAACACUGAAUGCCAGAUGGUUAUGAAUGUACUCUGGACAAGAUUGACUGAUUCUGGCCGAAACUGGCGCCAUGUUUAUAAGGCAUUGACUGUAAUAGAGUAUUUAGUGGCGAAUGGAUCAGAACGUGCAGUUGAUAACAUCCUAGAACACACUUGCCAAAUCUCAUCAAUCUCAGGUUUUGAAUACGUUAAGCCUAAUGGAAAGGUUAUGCGAAUCAAUGUGAGAAAGAAGGUUGAAACCAGAAACAAGAAGUCAGAAACAAAGCUGCUGCAAACCCCUCUAGCAUCAUUUCUCACAGCCAUGGAGGAGUAUGUGAAGGAUGCUCUAAGAGCUUCAUCAGUUCGCAAGGAUCGGGCAAUAGCUACAGAUAUUAACCGUAGCUGGUAA